AUGGCGCGCGCGCUCGCGGCGACCGCGGUGCGGAGCGCCGCCGCGCGCGUCCUCUCGUCGCGCCAUCGCGCGCGUCGCGCGACCGCCGCGCGCGUCGUCGUCGCACGCGCGUCGUCGUCGUCGUCGUCGCAAACCGACGACUUCGCGGUCGAGCACCAGCGCCGGUACCUCGCGUCUCAGCUCGCGAGCCUCGCGCGGAGCGAUCCCUCCAGCGCAUCGAUCCCGGAAGCGAUCGCCGCGCUGGAGCGCGCUCGCGCGCCCGUGGACCUCGCCGCGUUCGACGGCGCGUGGGAGGUGGCGUGGAGCGAGGGCACGAUGGCGUGGCGCGCGCUCGUCGCGAGCGCGGUGCAAGCCAUCGCGGGUCGAUGCCGCGCGGGUCAGGCGUUCACGCUUCCGUCGUCAGAUUCGUCGUCGUCGUCCGCGCCCGGUGAGGCGCUCAACUUCGCGGAGCUGUUCGACGGCGCGGUCGUCAUCACCGCGCGCGGGGUGUUUCGACCCAAGCCGCCGUUCGCGGACGCGACGCGAUGCGACGCGAUCCGCGCGGACGCGCGCUACCCGAUCGCGUUCGACGUGCAGAUCGACGGCGGGGACGCGCGCGUCGCGGGGAAACGGUUCGACCUGCCCAUCUGCGGCCCGGGCGAGUUCGAGGUUCUGUACGGCGACGAAUGCGUGCGCGUGUUUCGGUCCUCGGGGGGGGUCGCGGUGCAAGUCCCGAGCGACUGGACGCCGCCGAGAGACGCGGAGGAGGAGGAGGAGGAGGAGGAGGAGGACUCGUAG